ACACAGCUCGAUUCUCUCAAACAUCUCAGUUCUGAACAAUCCGUUUCCCGGUGAACUAAGCUACAAAAGGUUAUAGUGAAAACCGAUCGACCGUAGAGCUUUUUCAGCCGUUUUCAAAUUAACGAUUUGUGAAUGAAACAUAAACCACCACCAGAGACAAUGUUGAUCAAUUGAAACGCAAGAGGAGAGAGGCUGGAAAUGGAUAGUGAAUAUGUACCAGUAGCCGAAGAAUUUAAGAGUCGUGUCAUUGGAAGGGAUGGAAGCGUGUUGAAUAGUAUAAGACAGAGAUCCGGAGCAAUAAUUACAUCCAGAUAUAGAGAAGAAGAAGGAUUUACUGUCAGUGGAAAUGACCAGCAGAGAGAAACUGCAAAAAGACUAAUCUUAGAAAAAGUGAAAGUGGAGAUUCCAACCGAAUAUUACGGUUUGGUGAUAGGAAGGCACGAAGCUAAUCUUCUCGAGAUAAGCAAAGAAACAGGGGCAGAAGUAACCCGUAUAAGAGGAAAGGUUCAUAUUAUUCAGGGAACCAAGCAACAAAGGGAUCACGUUGAGUUGCUUAUCAAACGCAGAGUGGCUUUAGCACGACUCAGGGGCUUGAAAAACAACAGCUAUACAGUCUGCUGUUUUAUCGACGGUUGGAAUGUUUCCGAGAGCUGUAAACUGAACCUGGAGCGAGUCUUCCCUAACUCGCAGGCGCAGUUUCGACUACAGUCUUCAAGAGAGUCCAGCUUACAGGAAUGUGUGAGUGACUCAGGCUAUUUAUCAAAACUUAAAGACGCCACGUUGGAAUCGCUGCGGAAACUGAAAGCUAAAAAGGAUUCAAGCAACCAGUUAGAAGCUGACAUGUGGUGUCAUUUUGGCUUAGCCACUAUUAGUGGGCUUAGUAAAGUGACCUUGACCGCGAUGUCACGACGAUACUUAAACGACAUUGAGAAAGAAGAAUGGAGCAUAGAUGAUGCAAGAGCAAUGUUUCAGUCGUCAGAGGAAGGAAAUUAUUGGAAGGUUACUUUUCAAGAAGGCGUGAAUUUCAUUGAGGAUAUUUUCAGUGGAUAUUAUCAUGACAAAACACCAAAAGAAUAUCUUGACUAUGCUGCAAGAUAUGACUUAACAUUUCUCACUCCAUGCAGUCGUCAAGUGAGAUGUAAGGUGAGUCUAUUUACGAUAGCGAUUAAC